UUACUGCAGUAUGAUCAGCGCAUUAGAUGCCACUUCGACGAGCCGGAAGAUGACGGACGUGAGGAACGAUGAGAAGGACGCGUCGAGCAUGUCGCCGUCGGUGUGCCAGCCCUUGUCGUCACUGUGGCCGCAGCUGUGUCGCUGGAAUGGAUGGUCGGCACUGAGGGGCGGGGACAGCCGACUGCGGAAGGGCGCCUGGUCCUUGAGGGUGGCCAGCAGCUCCCCAUCAGGGUCGUUGUCAAACCUCCCCGCCAAAGUUGACGUGCCGGCCCACCAGCUUCCACAGCGCCACAACACGCGGCUCCGCCAGGAAUGCCUACCACACACGGAUGCAUCAUAAGAAAUACAUACCUGUCCUCGAGGCUCAUGAAUGCCUGAAUGAUCUCCCCGCCCCGGUGUGUGCGGACCUGUUUGCUUCGGAACUUGUUGAGGUCGUCUCGCGUGAUGAUGGAGCCGGGAGGUGGCAGAAGCUGCCCUGCCGCGCAGGUCUGAGAGCGUCUGCCGCCUCAUCCCAGCGCUGGUGCUCCACUCAGCCACAGGGCCUGCAGCAGGUGACACCACUCCAGAUGCGAGUAGUCGAACGGCACCACAGCGUCCAGCUGUGUGCCGUCGGCGAAUGUGGCGGCCCGCAGGGCGUCCUUGAGUCGGCGGGUGAGCACGGGAUGAGGGCGAGGAAGAGGCCCGCUGUUCGGGGGUUCCCGGCGUCACUCAGCUCGUGCAGCUCACUCCUCCCGUAAUGAUAGAUAGAAUCUCGAGGCACCGGCCGCCCAACGCUGGGCGAGCGCACCGUGCCUAUGGUGCCCUUGCGCAAGCAGCCGCCAUGCAGCACUGUAGAAUCUGGAGCAGCCCGUUUGGCCGACUGGCUCCAU